AUGGACGGAGAGGUCCUGCCGGAGGAAGCCGAUGGCCGCCCUUGGGUUGGAGACGAGGUUGAAGCAGGUGACGGUGAGGAAGGCUCCGCAGGUGAGAAGCCUGGCAAGCCAGAGGUGGAGGCGGAAGCCGCUGGCUCACAAGGUGAGAAAGAGGAUGGACCAGUUGAGCCUCCACCGCCAAAGGCGCCCUCGCAGGCUGUAGCACGGGCCGCCAAGGGCCGCCGGCCGGGUGCUCGCACCAGGCACAGCAUUCGCGAGAAGGGCAGUGCGCUCAUCAAGUUAAGAAGCUGCAGGUGUUGCGCUGAUGAUGAUGCUGCCGCUUUUGCACAUUCGAUGGAAUGA